CUGGAGAUUUGGAGGAUCCCGGCCGAGCUAGCACCGUGUUGGUUAUAGCAGAAGCUCAAGUUUUCGCCAGUUUCAUCUUCGAGUUUGCUUGGCUUAUAUGGUUUUGUGACGCCUACGAAGUACUUGGACGAGAUAAGCUGGAGAUAUCAUCUUUGUUCUCCCUUUUUUUUCCCCUGCUCCCGAAACGUCAACGCCAUUGUCAGCGCUGCGAUUGUGCCGCGCUUUUGAUAUCUCCUUUUCGUCCUCCAUAUAUCCCUUCGUCAUAAUGCAGGCCAUCACAAGACAGCUACGGCCCUCGAGCAAGCUGCUGCGCCAGACUGCUCGUCGUGCUGCCUACAGCGUAUCCUCCGCCGGCCCUUACCAGGAGACCAUAGAUAACCUUCGCAUCAAUGCCGACACAAAGGUUCUCUUCCAGGGUUUCACCGGAAAGCAGGGAACUUUCCAUGCCCAACAAGCCAUCGAAUACGGUACCAAGGUCGUCGGCGGAACCAACCCGAAAAAGGCCGGCAGCGAGCAUCUGGGCCUCCCCGUUUUCGCCAAGGUUAGCGAUGCCGUGAAGGAGACCGGCGCGACUGCCACCGCCAUCUUCGUCCCCCCUCCCGUGGCAGCUGCCGGUAUCGAGGAGGCCAUCGAGGCCGAAAUCCCCCUUAUCGUCUGCAUUACAGAAGGCAUCCCGCAACAUGACAUGGUCCGCAUCACCAACAUGCUCAAGACGCAGUCCAAGACGCGCCUCGUCGGCCCCAACUGCCCCGGCAUCAUCGCCCCCGGCCGGUGCAAGAUCGGCAUCAUGCCCGGCUUCAUCCACAAGCAGGGCCGCAUCGGCAUCGUCUCCCGCUCCGGCACCCUGACCUACGAGGCCGUCAACCAGACCACCCAGGCCGGCCUGGGCCAGUCCCUCGUAGUCGGCAUCGGCGGCGACCCCUUCAGCGGCACCAACUUCAUCGACUGCCUCAAGGUCUUCCUCAAGGACGAGGAGACCGACGGCAUCAUCAUGAUCGGCGAGAUCGGCGGCUCCGCCGAGGAGGACGCCGCCGACUUCCUCCGCGCCAACAACACCGUCGCCGGCGGCAAGCCCGUCGUCAGCUUCAUCGCCGGCAUCUCCGCCCCGCCCGGCCGUCGCAUGGGUCACGCCGGCGCCAUCGUCUCCGGCGGCAAGGGCGGUGCCGACAGCAAGAUCGCGGCCCUCGAGGCGGCGGGCGUUAUUGUCGAGCGUUCGCCCGCGGGUCUCGGCAAGGCCCUGUACGACGAGUUUGUGCGCCGCGACCUGCUCUGAGCAGAACGUCCCCCCGAACAUAAGGUGGAGAUUUUGAGAGGAUGUAUCUCUAGAAGUGGGAACGGUUCUCUACAAGCCGUCUGCUGUCUGCUGUCUGCUUUUUGCAUAGGGGAAGCGGAUGUGUGGGGGUAUCGGACUAGUGGCAGGCGGGCAUAGCUGCGCCUACCUGCCUAGGACAUUGUUGCUUAAUUUUUUUAUUCUUUUCUCGUUUCGUCUUUUCCGCCCUCGGAAUGUAUUGUCAAGGACCAAAUAGACUGGGCGGGCGUGGCGAUCAUGCACAGACAGGGCAAGGCUCGGGGCGAGAUGCACAUUCUCGCAGCCACGUUUCAGCAUCUGGAAUCAUAUCGUGUAUACUGCUUGUCGUUGAUCUCGGACACUGUUCCUUGGCUU